AUGGCACCUGCUGUCAUAUCCAAAGAACGACAUCGGGCCACGAGAGGCCACUCUGCUCGUCUAUUGCUUCUACUCGUCCUAGGCGUCUCUGGCAGCUUCGUGCCCGGCUUGGCGCGCGAAGCGCUGCGCUUCGACACGGGGGGAAUGCGCCUGCAGCGACGCCUGGAGUGUUUCGUUCAGGGGAUGCAACUCUAUGCUCUUCUGGAAGAGUACGACUGUGAUAGCUCAUUGGGGUCCAGAGAUGUUCCAUUGAGAACCAACAUGUUGGUAGACUUUACCAUUCGACAUUUCACUGAAACUGAUUUGACCCUGGGCUUCAAUCAGUGGUCUCCAGAAGGCUAUGGACUCAAGGUCUUUGAGCAUGAUCAUAUGUUUGUUCCUGGUGAUUCCCCUUGUGCCUCGGAUCUGACCCUUAUUUGGAACGUGCAGACAUCCAUGCCACCUGUUGGCCAGAAGAUAUGGCUUAUCAACGUUUGGGAACAUGAGUGUGACGUGUCUCUUUUCCAAUAUGAUGAGCAUUCGUCAUGGUGUUAUGCAACUAGUGCCAGUGAAUCACGACAGGGACUCCAUCAUUUGGAGCUUUUCAGUGGUGGAGUAGGAGGUUGGACUACCGCACUGAGGUUUCUGUCCGGCCUGACCCAUGUGCCAGUCAUGUCUGUAGGAAUUGAGCAUGAUUUGAACAUUGCCAGAACUUAUGCGCUGAACCAGUGUGCGUCAAUGGUAGUGCCUCAAACCGAUUUGCCUGAUGAUAUUUUCUGCAGUCAUGGGGGUAACUGGAUUAUUUGUGAUGAUGUUUGCUCCUAUAGAUGGGUAAGGGCAGUAACCUUUUGGGGGGUAGAUGUAGUCACGGUGAGCUCACCUUGUGGACCCUGGUCCACUGCAUCCACAGCAUUGGGCCUUGCUAAGCAUGAAGGGUGUCUCCUUUUGCAUGGCAUCCUCAAAUGUCGAUUCUUGAGACCGAUGUAUAUUGCACUGGAAAAUGUCUCAGGAUUUGCUGCCCACUUGCAUAAACCCUACAUUGAGAGGGCUCUGAGAUGGAUAGGAUACCGCCUCCAAUGGCAGAAAACUAUUGAUGUCAAGGCUUGCAUGGGUAUCAUGAGGUCAAGAUGGUUGGCCUUGGCUGUCCGAGUUCACUCAUCAUGCCAGAUUCCGCCAGUUAGCAUGAGUCCAUUGCCAGUUUUGCCAGUGAUUGAUCACGAGCCUUUCCUUUUGACAUGGAGCCAGCACGUAAUGGACAAAUUGUCCAUCCAUGAGGCAAUGUACAAAGUUGCAUCCGAUCCAACCAAAGUGCACAAAACAGCCAGCAAGAAGCAACCGCAUGAACUUUUUCAGGACAGAAUUUAUGCUUCGAACAUGAUGCUCCCGACUUUCAUGGCCAAAUAUGGCACACAACAUCUUUUGCCGGAUAAGCACCUGCAGGACCACAAAUACCUGGGGUUUUUCCUGAAGGACCCGCUGGCACCACAUGGGGCCAGACUGUUCCAUCCAGCAGAAGUGUGCUUGUUGCAUGGGGUUGUACAGUGGGCUUUUGUUGACUCCGACAUGGAACAUGCAUGGCUCACAGCCGGUAAUGCCAUCCUGCCAAUCCAUGCGCUUCUGCCUUUGAUCCAAGUGGUGAAUAGGGUUGCCAAAGAACCUGUCACAUUCCAGCAUGCGUAUGAUGCCUUCCAGAUUCAGCGCCUGAAAAGAGACAGCAUCUGCAUCACACCUACACCACAUGGCAUUUUUCUCACAGAUCAUGAUGCAGUUCCCAUGGAUGACCUGUUGCAGAGUGUUUCAGCCUUGUUUGCAUAUCCGAAAGCCACGAGUGACAUGACUGUUUGGAUUCCGCAAUUUGGCAUCCACACACUUGAUCAGACACAUGCAGAUUGCGAUGCACAACGCGGCAUACAAGAUGAGCAAACACAAAUUGAUGCCAGCCCGAUAUCAAUUGCCUCCUCUUCAGAGCAGGAAGAAAUCCAUGUCAUGGUUUUACAGGGUAUGAUUGAGGGCCCCGCUUUUGUGCAAAAGUUUUGGUUUGCUUCUGACCUCCCAGCAGCUUUGUUGGAAACACCAUGGCACCAUCAGUUUGCAUGCUUCUAUCAAGAUCCAGCGGACGUCCAAGGUAUCACCAAGUUGUGCUUGCGCGCUGAGGAAAGUCAUGAGGUUCACCCUGCUGACAACACACUGAUCCAGAUACUCAUGGAGCAACAACUCACCUUGCUGAAGUGCGAAACCCAGAAGCCAAUCAAGGCACACCCAGAAAUCGCAGCUUUGACCGACUGCAUUUAUGAUCAAUUUGGAACCAAUGCUGCACUCAUUGCUCAAUUCUGGGAACAAGUCUUGCCACCGGCAGUGCAGGAACAAAUUGGACGUGAGCCACAGAUUCUUCGACAUGAAAAGGGGUUGACAGUAACCUUUGCACCGGCUCGAGUCCAUGGAGUGAUCCCGCCAAGCUCAUUUGCUGUCACGCUGUCAGUUCUGGCCUUCCGCACCUUUUUUGACUCAGUUCGGAUGAUUCACGCAGGACAGCCUACCCAACAGUUUUUCCUGAAGUGGCUUUGUCGACCUCUGUGGGCCGGUGGCAUUCCAAACACACUCACAGCAGGCAUCAUAAUCAAGUUGCUGCAACAUUCACUGAUCCCUACCAACGGAAACACUGAACAUCGAAUCAUUUGUAAUGCCAAACAGAUCAUGCCUGAGAUCCUUCUGAGUGAACUUCAGCCAGCAGGAAACAAGAAUGCUAUUGUCUUCAAUGUUGUCAUGAAACUCACCGGAGGAGGGGGUAGUACAGGUGCGAAGCAUCAACAGAAACUCAUGCAACAAGCAGCACUUGCAAGCUACCUGCUUGAACAAGGGUUCGAACUCCAGUGGAUCACACAUACGGUGGACACUUUGAGCAACAAAUUUGGCCUCGCACGAAUCCAACAAGUUACUGCCAUGCCAGUGGGAACACAAAAGAUGUCAGCCUUCAAAGCUUUGCUUAAGGAGGCAGCGAUUGCCUUGCCAGAUGUCCAGAAACCGCAGACAAAAAAGAAUGUACAGAACCUGCCCUGGAAACAGCCGAAGAAACGCAAAGGUGAUGCUGACCUGGACCCAGCAGAUUUCACCAUAGUAGAAGGUUUCUUCAAGAAUGCCGAUGCCACGAUUUGUCAGCAAGCCCAGGUGAUUCGACCACAGGCCACAGGUAUCUGUCUCAUGACAGGUGAACAGGCCACUCCUUGGCUCAUGUCAUCCGAGAAGAUUUCCAGUGAUGAGCUUGCAGUACUUGUCCUAGGUAAAACAUCAGCUACGACAGUUCCUGGAGAAGAUAUGGUUGUGCCGUGUCAUAAUCUGGAUGGACAGAUGGUUUUGCUGCAUUGCAAGCUUUAUCAACUGGGCUCCAGGCAAGUCACAUGGCAAAAGGGUGACCCCCAGCAGGUCUUGGCAUCCAAAUGUGUCCUUGUUGCCAUCACUCUGCAUCAGGCAGAUUUCCCGAGCGAGCAGUGGACAGAUGCCAUCCAGCGCACAGUUCCUUUCAUCCGAGCCAUCCUAGAGAGUGAGGGUUUGUCUGACAGUGUCCUGAGUAUUUGGGGAAGAUCUUUCCGUGCAGGGAAAACACCAUGUACUCCCAUUCAGGCGACUACACUUCAGGUUCAUUGCUCAGUUACGGAGGACAAGUUGAAGAAGCUUUUGGCGAAAUCUGGUUUCAAUCGACUCUUUUGCACUCCCAAAACAUCCUCAGGCAGACUGGACACCACAUACCAGGUGAUUUGGCUCAACUGUGAUGAAUGCCAGGCAGCGGUUUAUACUGCCAAACUUCCCUCUGCCCUGGGGCUCAUCAAGGGCAAGAAAACCCUUGGCAUUCGUUUUUGUGAGGCAGACUUUGACCAAGCUUGGGGCGUCCUUUGUCCCAACAUGCCCAAGCCAACACGACAGGCAGGGGAGAAGGUCUUCAGGAUUGAUGGAUUGCCAUUUGGGGUUACCCAGGAAAUGAUGAAACAAUGGGCUGACAAGACUAACUGGAAUUGCCAUGUCAUCCGAGCUCUGGGGCCGCAAGCAAUGCUGGUUAGGUCUGAUGAUGAGCCGCCGAAUGGAAUCCAUUUGUUCAACACACAGCCGAUCCUGAUACGACACUUGCCACCCAGGAAUACCAACGCCCAGACGCUGAUGGUGGGGCCGCGCUCCACAAAAUCCAGAGAUGCAACAACUGAAGCCAACCCAGAUCCUUGGGCGAGCUGGACCGGACCAAGGUUACAGGCAGCCCAACCAAUGCAGAUGCAGGAACAGCAUGUCCAGAAGACUGAGGAGAGAUUCCAAGCAGCCGAGCAUCGGGAAAAACAGCACAUUCAGCAUGUUGCAAACACCAUGGAAGCCAUCAGGCAGGACAUGGACCGAACGCUGCAAAACUCUUUCCAGAAAAACACCCAGGUGAUGGAAGAGCGCUUGUCUGAACUAAAGCAGCUGCUUAUCAGCAACAAGCGUACGGCAGAUGACAUGCAAGAUUGA